UGUUUGGCCUCUGCCUGUGUUCCUUGAGAUGAGCCCAUGGUGCCUGGGCUUACUGGGGUUUCGAUUCGAAUGUAUGCUGGGGCUGUAAAUGCGCGUGCGCGUGCGGCUGCCGUUCGAGCGCGGUUUGCCGUUUCCUCUGGGUCGCUCUUGCCGCCGGGUACUGGUGCUCCAACUAAUGUUCCGGCGUCUGAUCAGGCUGGGCCAUGCGUGAGGGGUUUCCGAUCCCGGCGAGUGUUUAGCGUCGACUUAUCGGCUGCUUGGUUUUGCCUUUGGCUCGAUCUAAUUUUACCCGCGAGAGAUGUAGGAGGAGCCGUGUGCAUCGACGUCCUUGCUUGUUUGGUUAGUCAGAUGUUGAUGUAUUUUUUUCCCCGUUUGGCUGGAUUGGGUUGUGAGGUGUGUUCCCAUGAACGGUUGGUUCUGUUUUGUUGUUUAGGGCUGCCCCCGCGGUCUAUUCCUGUCGAUCGGUUCCCUAGGCUAUCUAAGGAUUACAUCUCCUAUCUGAAAGGUAAUUUUUAUGGUUGGAUGGUUUCACGUUUCGGUAUAAAGCUUUAGGUUUGUUUGUUUUGGUUAUAUCAGAUGUUGUUGUUGGGUAACUGCGUGUGUGAUGAUUGGUUUGCAGUUGGGUUCUUGGAUGUUUUAGAGUAGAUGCAUUAAGAAUGUCAUUUGAGGUUUGGUACAUGCGUUGUUGUUAGGUUGUUAUGCACCUGCGUAAUUUGGUAGUGUUUGGGUGGAAGGGUGCAUGUAUGAUUGUUGACGCCGAAAAAGGAAAAUGAGUGUUGGUGCACUGAGUGGCUGAUAGUUUAUUAAAAUGAGGUACAUUAGUAAUCACGUUUGAAACCAUCGUCUAUAAAAUGAUCGUUGUGUUUGUUGUGGGUUUGCCCAUGUCUUGUGGUGGGGAGGGGUUUCUUUGUUUUGUUAUGUAUAUGUGCUGUUGAUUGUUCUUAGGUCCUCUUGACUGUGUGUUUUCCCUCAUACCUGAGCAGUCGGCUAUCCUGAUAGAUCAUACCAUGGUGGUCUUGAUUAUAUAUACCUCUUUUGUGGGUCUUUAUUUUGGUGCUCUGAGAGAAUUGAACGUGGUUCUGCUGUUUCCCAAGGGACGCUCGUUUACAAUUUGUGUUGUAGAGGUGGGCGUGUUGUGUUGCCUCGCUACGCAGAUUGGCCCUCUCCUUUGCGUUAGUUGGCCAAUUUUGGUGGCGACCGUCGUUCCAAGGAGUUUAUGCUGUCUCAUCAGGUCUUACAAUUCACUGUUUGCAUUCACAUCCACGGGGGUUGAUGUUGACGAGUAUAAAUACGGGCAAUGGUCCUUAUGUUUUCCGUAUACACGGUGUUGUGUCCCAUCGUAUUGGUUCUUUAGUGGCGUUGGAGGGGAAGCCACCCCGGUUUGCUCAGAUGUAUGUCUACGACAUUGCGAACGAGUUAACUCAUCAUAUGAAUGUUUUUGGAUCUUCCGGUGAUACACGUGAUGCAGCUGAUCCAGACAUUGUCAGUUCUUUGCUACAGAUGUUGAAUGAGCACAACGUGUUGGUUAAGACUUUUAGAGUUGCGUCCCAGCGUCUUCAAUCACCAUCCUGUUCUGAUCUGGCGACACGCAUUGCUGGUUCCGAUUCUGCUGAUCCUAACGUGUAUAGUCCUCCAAUGGCCCCUGAAUUGGCCGCUCUUAUUGUUGGUGAUUUUAGUGGUGACAAAAGCAAGUUUGAUAUUGUGGUGCAGCUUCAGGAAGGGCCCUUGAAGCAGAUUUUUUCUUUGCACCCAGCCAUUAUGUCUUUGCAAUACCCUCUUCUUUUUCCUUACGGGGAGAAAGGGUUUUAUAAGGGCAUAAAGUUUGUCCCCGUGGGCGAUGAGCCUUUAGUGGGCAGAGAUGUUGUUAGUAUGCUUGAGUAUUACUGCUAUCGUUGUCAUUAUAGGCAAGGGCAGCCCAAUCCUUAUAUAUGUUAUGGUCGUCUUUCUGAUCAAGCCAAAGUGGAUGCAUAUUCUUGCAUAGAGUUUAAUAGGCUUUCAUAUAUUAGUAGGAAUCAAAAUAAGCUUAGGGGCGAGAGUUAUCAAGGUUUAUCUGAUGCAGUUGGUCAGGGUGCUGCCACUGGGAGGAAUGUGGGUUUCCGCAUUCUGCUGCCGUCGAGUUUCAUAGGGUCCCGUCGAUACUUAGCUCAAAAUUAUCAGGACGCUAUGGCCAUAUGUAGGGUUUAUGGAGAUCCAGAUUUGUUCGUAACUUUCACGUGCAAUCCGAAGUGGGACGAGGUUGCUUUGGCUUUGUCUCUUGAGCCAGGGCAGGUUCAUUCCGAUAGAGCUGAUAUUUGCGCCAGGGUGUUUAAGAUUAAAUUGAACGAGUUGUAUGUCGAUAUUAGAGGUGGGGAUGCUUUUGGCCCAACGAGAGCCGGUAAGGUUUAUGUCUGUUUGUUUGUCGUUCGUGUUAGUUGGGUGGUUUCAUUUCUACUUAUUUUGUUUCCGUAAAUUUUGUGCAGUAGUGUAUACGGUAGAGUUUCAGAAGCGUGGUUUGCCUCAUGCUCAUAUGCUAGUGUGGCUCGAUAUCAAAUCCAACACCGCAUCUGACGGGGGUGCUGACGUGUCUUUUGGUUUCAUAGAUAGUAUCGUGUCUGCUGAAUUGCCUAGCAUUAAUGCUGAUCCUCUUGCAUAUGCUUUGGUUGAUGAGUUUAUGGUGCAUGGUCCGUGCGGUCAGAUUAACCUUGGCUGCUCUUGC